GUCAUUGCGUACAUGCCGGCAAAAAUUCUCAAGGCAUCCAAUACGACGAUAACUUCACAGUGUACUCAGCCACUGUGUGGAACGCCAUUGUUGACCGAAUCGACUUGUGCUUAGCGGAAUAUAAAUCUUUAAAUUUCCACUUCAUCACAAAAUAAGACAUUUAGAAAAUGGCUCAGGAAGCAGAUAUUCCAACUUUCAAAUGCGUAUUAGUUGGUGAUGGUGGUACUGGCAAAACAACAUUCGUCAAACGCCACAUGACCGGUGAAUUCGAAAAGAAAUACGUUGCAACUCUCGGUGUCGAGGUACAUCCACUUGUAUUCCACACUAAUCGCGGCGCUAUUCGAUUCAACGUCUGGGAUACAGCUGGCCAAGAGAAAUUCGGUGGACUGCGCGAUGGCUACUACAUUCAGGGACAGUGCGCCAUCAUCAUGUUCGACGUAACAUCGCGUGUUACAUACAAAAACGUCCCGAAUUGGCACAGAGAUUUAGUUCGUGUCUGCGAGAAUAUUCCAAUUGUACUGUGUGGCAAUAAAGUCGACAUUAAGGAUCGUAAAGUGAAAGCCAAAAGCAUCGUUUUCCACAGAAAGAAGAAUCUUCAGUAUUACGACAUCUCAGCCAAAUCGAACUACAACUUCGAGAAACCCUUCUUAUGGUUGGCCCGCAAACUCGUCGGCGAUCCAAACCUAGAAUUCGUUGCAAUGCCAGCUCUUCUCCCGCCCGAGGUCAAAAUGGACAAGGAAUGGCAGAUCCAGAUCGAGAAGGAUUUGCAAGAGGCACAGGAAACCGCUCUGCCCGAAGAGGAUGAAGACUUGUAGAAGAAAGAAAGAAUAAAACCAAACUUUAAAAUUAAAAACAAAUUUAACAUUAUUAUUUCAUUCGUGGAACUAGUUCUCGAGCUCCCCAUUCUGUUGCACCUUUCAACGUUUUAUUUGAGGGCGAUUUUACUCAGAAUCGGUUCGCUUCAUUGGGGAAGGGAGAAUUGAGAUCUCUCUCAGCAGUUUUUUCGAGUUUACGCCAUAUUUCCAGUUGAAGUUCUUUUUUGUAUUAGUUACUAUUUUUUUUCUUUAGAAAAUGGUGUGAACGCAAUUGUUAUGUCUUGAUUAAAGUGUUAACGAACGUAGGAGUGGUUUAAACUUCUAAUGCACUUUUUCGACUAUAUUGUAAGAUUUUUAUGUGGAAUGAACCAUUCGUUUGAGAAUAAAUAAGAGUAAUUUAAACGAUAAA